AACUAAAUAAAUUCUGUCCAUUUCCUUGCAGUUAUUUAUUGCAAUACUAUGCACGCACGCAAACUAGAUAGAUUAGUUAAAUGAAAUAUAAUAUUUAAGACCACCAUUUUUUUUACACACUCGACAACCCUAGGCUGUCCAUUCUCUGUGGUUCACUUUCAUGGCGUUUCGUUCGCGUCGUCGCGUUCUUUUCUCGUUCUUUCUCGUUUGCUGGAAUUGCAAGAAUUGAAAUUAACACACUUUGAAACAUUCAAAAUAAUUGGAAUUUAAACACAACAAACAAAAAUGAAUCACCUAAAAUGGAUGGGUCACUCGUCCACAAUAAUGGACCUACAACGCUCCCUGCGCAACGAUAUCCACACAUGCGAGGUUGUGUUGGCCGCCAAAGACGGCUUCAGUGUACGCGCGCAUUCCUUCGUGCUCAGCACAUGCAGCGAUCUGAUGCGGAAUCUCCUGGUGGAUGUCCCGCCGGGCCAUGAGGCCACCAUAGUGCUGCCCGAUAUCCGAGGCGAACUGCUGGAAAGUAUGUUGUCGUUCAUCUACAUGGGCGAAACAGGCCUGCCCUCGGUGCUGCUCACUGAGUUUCUGGAGGCCAUCAACCUAUUGGGCAUCAAAUCCGCCAUUAGCUUCGAGUGCAAUCCCUCCUCCAACGUGGACGUAGGCGCUGGCGCUUUGGCGGUGGAGGCAGCUAAAUCAAUCAGCGGCCUGCAAAUCGCCCAAGCCGAGCUGAUUGACGAAGAGGAGGAGGGACAGACACAGAUGGGUGUGGCAGCCGCAGUCAUGGCUGAAGAGCAGCCCCAUCAGCCAGCAGCACACACCAGCCGUCCGCUGGAGUUUCUCGAUGUGUACAACGAGACGCCAAAGAUCACGUACUCCAUUGAGCACAUGGGUGGUCACUCGAACGGCAAUCAGUUUAUUCUAACUGAGAAUACGGGAGCAUUUACAAUCACACAAUCGGCGUCCAGUUUGUCCAAGCUGGAGACCUCCGAAAAUGCGAACAGUGUCGGCGAGGUGGAUAUGGUGGAGGAUGACGCGGAAGCGGAUACCACCGAAGAGGAGCCGGAAACACAAAUACUCGAGGAGGAAUAUCCCUCAGAUCCAUUGAUUGAGAUAAACGCCAGUGCAGAUAUGGACGACGAUGAGAUGCACGAGGAUCUGGUGGAUGAGGAGAUGCUGGAAGUGAAGCCGCGCAAGCUGGCUGUGGCCAAGCCGAGAGGCCGACGCCCCAAUCGGUCAAAGACUAUGAAGCGACCGCCGCCCAGGCAGCAGCCACAGUUUCUCACCCUCAAACAAGAAGGCAAAGAUGACAUUAACGAUGCUCUGGAUCUCGCGGCUGACGCUGUAAUCCUCGAGGGUCUGAGUCUGCAGAAGGCUGCCGAUCGUUAUGAUAUCUCGAAGACUGUUUUGUGGCGUCGUGUGCGCACCAAUCCCGCAUAUAUGCGAAGCAACCGCGAGAGGCCAUCAUUGUCUGAGGCGUACGAAAGACUUAAAACCGGCGACUCGCUCAAGAGCAUCAGCCAGGAUCUGGGCAUACCCAUGUCCACCCUACAUCGACACAAAGUUCGACUGUCGGCGCAGGGUCGCCUGCCAGACUUUGUCGCCUGCCGCCGCCGUGACACUACCCCCAAGGACGAGCUUCGCGAGAAACUGGCCAAGGCCGUCCAUGCCUGCCUCAAAGAGGGUAUGUCGCAGAACCAUGCGGCCAAUCUGUUCGAGAUACCCAAGAGCACGCUCUGGCGUCACCUACAGCGUCAAAUGGCCCUCUCGGAUCGUAAGGUAAAGAAGGAGGAACAGGAUGACUAUGAUGAGGAGAUUCUGAACUAGAGAUAAUGGAGGUUUAGAUAUCGUUUUAGAAUGUACACCCUAGGCUACUACCAGCUAAGUAAUUCCACAUAAGUCUUAAAAUAAAAAUGGUUCAAUCUCCUC